AUGGUGCCCAAAUAUGCAAGGAAAGGGAAUAAGUAUAGUAAGAGAUAUCAUGGUUUUCGUAAAGGGAUUGACAGACGUUUUAGACAAUGGUUUCAGGGAUCCGAAGACUCCAACUAUGGGCGCCCCUCAGAUUCAGACCUCUCUUUAGAUGAAGAAAGGGAAGCCACAAAACGGGAAACAGAGAGGCAAGCUGUAGCCCAGUUAGAAAAAGCCAAGACAAAACCUGUAGCCUUUGCAGUGAGAACAAAUGUUAGUUUUGACGGUAAACUUGACGAUGACUCGCCCGUACAAGGAUCAGCGGUCUCAUUUGAUGUCAAAGAUUUUUUACAUAUUAAAGAGAAAUACAACAAUGACUGGUGGAUAGGUAGACUAGUAAAAGAAGGAUGUGAUGUAGGUUUUAUACCGAGUCCUGUCAAAUUAGAAAAUUUAAAAUUAACGCAGUCAACAUCAGGUCGAUCAGGAAAACUAGCAACAAAUAAAUCUAGCAGUGGAUCCAACCUUGGAGACAUUGUUGCUAUAGCCAACUCAAGAUCAUCCAAUUCAAGAGGAUCAACGCCACCAACGCCAGGGGUUGAUGCAGAACAGAAUGGUGUUGAUGAAGAUACUGACUCACUUGGUAAAUCAAAAGGGAGUACUGUUUCUCCCCUGCCGAAAGAGAAAAGGAAACCCUUUUUCAAGAAGCAAGAAAAUGUACCUCCAUAUGACGUAGUGCCUUCAAUGAGGCCUGUAGUAUUAGUAGGGCCGUCAUUGAAAGGUUAUGAAGUGACUGAUAUGAUGCAAAAAGCUCUAUUUGACUAUCUCAAACACAGAUUUGAAGGGAGGAUAGCAAUAACGAGGGUAACGGCAGACAUAGCAUUAGCGAAGCGGUCAGUGCUGAACAAUCCAAGCAAACGGGCAAUAAUGGAAAGGUCUAAUAGUCGAACGUCUAGUAUAGCGGAAGUACAAGCCGAAAUUGAGAGAAUCUUUGAGUUGGCACGGUCUAUGCAGCUGAUUAUUUUGGAUUGUGAUACAAUCAAUCAUCCUGCACAGCUCGCUAAGACAUCACUAGCUCCAGUUAUAGUCUACCUAAAAAUAGCUAAUCCUAAAGUUUUAACACGACUUAUUAAAUCAAGGGGUAAAAAUCAAAGUAGAAAUCUCAAUGUACAGUUAGUUGCUGCAGAUAAAUUAGCUCAAUGUUCGCCGGAAAUGUUUGAUGUGCUUUUAGACGAGAAUCAAUUAGAAGAUGCGUGUGAGCAUUUAGCCGAGUAUUUAGAUGCCUAUUGGAGAGCUACUCAUCCACCAGUCCACCCAAGUCCACCGAAACCAACUCCUGCUGCUGUUCCAAACGCUGUUUCCCGGACACCCUUACAUAAUCUUUUAUCAAGGGUCAAUUCUCAUGGACAUGGGCUCGGAGAAGGAGAAGAACGUCGUGUAGAACCAACAAUCGAUAAAGAACGUGUGUCUAACAAGGUCCCUGAUAGGGAUCAUGAACUUGAGAAACGGAAUAUAGAUAGAAGCGCUGAUCAUAAAGAGCGCAAUAACGAACAUUAUCGAUUCGAUGAAUAUCGUCGUGAUGAGAGAGAUCGUUCACAGGAUUAUACCAGGCGAGAAGAACUUGACAGGUACGAUGAUCGAAAUGACAAUAGAUAUCCAGAGGAGAGAUAUCAGAUGCAGGAACGAACGCGAUACGAUAGAUAUGAUCCAAGGUAUGACUCGGAUCCAAGGAUGGAAAGAGAAGUGCAUGAUCCAAGACUAGUAGAGCAUGAUAGACCAUCACGGUUUGAUCGGCCACCUGUCGAGCGCGACAGGAUACCAGAACGGAAUUAUGAUUAUACGGAUCGUGAUCCAAGAGGGGAUCGGCAUACAGUUGAGCGGGAUAUGUAUUAUGAUCAUGACCGUGAUCCCUAUGAUAGAGAUCGGGAUUAUGAGUAUGGACGACAUAUGGACCGAGAACGGCAUGCCCGAGGCCGUAGUAGAGAGAGACUAGACUAUGAACGUGAAAGAAUGGGUAAUAUGCACCCUAAUGUGGGAUAUUCUAACCAGAGGCAAACUUCACAUUCAAGAUACCCUGAUCAAGUUCCACGUGAACGAAUACUGCGUGAUCAGUCACCAUCCUCUAUGCGUUCGUCCCAUGUAAAAACUUAAUGGACGUUUGUGUGUUUUCACGUUUAUUCAUACUCUACUCCAGUCAUUGCUUUUGUCUGUCAGUCUGUAUGUUAACUGAAGAUGCACACAGAUUUUUU